CACUACUUGGUGGGUGUUACCGGUUCAGAUGGCAAUGGUAUUGAGUCGCAAUUGUUCGUGAUGGAUAUGAAUACUGGAAAAGCGAGUACUUUUGCGAAGGGUAUAGAGAAUGCACACGCUCUCGAUGUGUCUGACGAUGGUACCGUAUAUAUCGCGCAAAUUGGACCCAAUCAAAUCGUCAAAAUGUCACUGAAAGAUCAACUCUACUGA